ACUCCCUGGGGUGCGGGGAGCGCACGCUUUCCCCACCCUUCCGCCAUGACCCCAUACAGAAGUGCCAAACGCAACUUCCGGGCAGAACAGAAAUUAUUGGAGCCCUAAACUCUUGUCCACCUAGGAAUUCUAAUGAAUCAUUGAUUGACCAGCACCAUUUUACCAAUUGGAAUGAGUUAUCAGAAAUGGGAAUAGAUUCAACAUGUAACAGAUUGGCUCUUACUCCAUGGUGAUUACUUCUUCAAGCCAACACUUUUUUUAAUUCCAUAGGAUUUUUGUCUCUUCAUCUUUGAAUUCCAGUUCCUAUAGGCAAAUAAAAUAAAAGGAGUUCAUGUAGUUUUUGCUCAAGCUUGAGUAACCAUGAGUAGUAGCUUAGGAAAAGAAAAAGACUCUAAAGAGAAAGAUCCCAAAGUACCAUCAGCCAAGGAAAGAGAAAAGGAGGCAAAAGCCUCUGGAGGUUUUGGGAAAGAAGGCAAAGAAAAAGAACCUAAGACCAAAGGGAAAGAUGCCAAAGAUGGAAAGAAGGACUCCAGUGCUGCCCAACCAGGGGUGGCUUUUUCAGUUGACAAUACGAUCAAACGGCCAAAUCCAGCACCUGGAACUAGAAAAAAAUCUAGCAAUGCAGAGGUAAUUAAAGAGCUCAAUAAAUGUCGGGAAGAGAACUCAAUGCGUUUGGACUUAUCCAAGAGGUCUAUACACAUAUUACCAUCAUCAAUCAAAGAGUUGACUCAAUUAACAGAACUUUAUUUAUAUAGCAACAAAUUGCAGUCCCUCCCCGCAGAAGUGGGCUGCCUAGUAAAUCUCAUGACACUGGCUCUGAGUGAAAAUUCACUUACCAGUUUGCCUGACUCUCUUGAUAACUUGAAGAAGCUACGGAUGCUUGAUUUACGGCAUAAUAAACUGAGAGAAAUUCCUUCAGUGGUGUAUAGGCUAGAUUCUCUCACCACUCUCUACCUUCGCUUUAACCGUAUAACUACUGUGGAAAAGGACAUCAAAAACCUGUCAAAACUCAGCAUGCUUAGCAUUCGAGAGAACAAAAUCAAACAACUACCUGCUGAAAUUGGUGAAUUAUGUAACCUCAUUACGCUGGAUGUAGCUCACAAUCAACUUGAACACCUUCCAAAGGAGAUUGGAAACUGCACACAGAUAACCAACCUUGACUUGCAGCACAAUGAACUGCUAGACCUCCCAGAUACUAUAGGAAACCUGUCCAGUUUAAGUCGUCUUGGUCUGAGAUAUAACAGACUGUCAGCAAUACCCAGAUCACUGGCAAAAUGCAGUGCACUUGAAGAAUUAAAUUUAGAGAACAAUAACAUUUCUACUUUACCAGAGAGUCUUUUAUCAAGUCUUGUGAAACUGAAUAGCUUGACCUUAGCUAGAAACUGCUUCCAGUUAUAUCCAGUAGGUGGUCCAUCUCAGUUUUCCACCAUCUAUUCCCUCAACAUGGAACACAAUCGAAUCAAUAAAAUUCCAUUUGGUAUAUUCUCCAGAGCGAAAGUAUUAAGUAAGCUGAACAUGAAGGACAAUCAGUUGACAUCACUUCCUUUGGAUUUUGGAACUUGGACCAGUAUGGUAGAGUUGAAUUUAGCCACUAAUCAGCUCACAAAGAUCCCAGAGGAUGUGUCUGGUCUUGUUUCUCUUGAGGUUCUAAUAUUAUCAAACAAUCUUCUAAAGAAGCUUCCUCAUGGUCUUGGAAACCUUAGGAAGUUAAGAGAGCUGGAUCUAGAGGAGAACAAAUUGGAAUCCUUACCAAAUGAAAUUGCUUAUCUUAAGGAUUUACAGAAAUUAGUCUUGACAAACAACCAGUUGAACACGCUUCCCAGAGGCAUUGGGCACCUUACCAAUCUCACACACCUGGGCCUUGGAGAGAACCUGCUUACUCAUCUUCCUGAGGAAAUUGGUACACUGGAGAACCUAGAAGAACUGUAUUUGAAUGACAACCCCAACCUGCAUAGCCUUCCCUUUGAGCUGGCUCUUUGCAGCAAGCUUUCAAUCAUGAGUAUUGAGAACUGUCCACUCAGCCACCUUCCACCUCAGAUUGUUGCUGGGGGUCCUUCUUUCAUCAUUCAGUUCCUGAAGAUGCAGGGUCCAUAUCGUGCCAUGGUCUGAUACAAAUCUGCUGGUCCCACACACUGUUCAAAAAUAGACUGCCAUUAAUGUUUCACAUCUAUAUCUGUAUCUAUUUAUGUAGAUAUUGAUAUAUUUGGCAGAUUUAUAAAGACUGCAUUAUGUGUUUCUGCUAAUAGAGGAAUCAUAGCCAUUUAGAUUUUUUUUAAUUCUGUACAAAAGGCUUAUAUAAGUUUUCUUUGCUGACCUUGGAUAUUUUUCUGUUUGUAAUAUGAUACUCCAGUUUGCUUAAAACAUUUGUAAACAAAUUAUGAAUUUAUUAAAUUUAAGGGGUAGAGGUAGUAUAGUUAUACUUUCUCUUAGCAAAUAUAAUGGGCAAUUUUGUUGCAACUUUUCAUAGGCAUUUUCCCCUUACCAACUGUCAGACCUUUAUAGUAUUAUAGGCCAUGAAGGUAGAAUUUUUCUUUAACUUAUUUUGAAAUUUGAGAUUUAAAUUUUAUAUAUUGUUUACAGUCAGAGUAAAUCACUGGAUUUUUGUUGUUGUUGUUUUGAUUUGCUCUGUUUUAAUCAGUCAGAUCUAGAGUUUAUAUCAUCUAAAGAAUUUGCAUCAGCUGAUUCAGCUAUUAAAAGAUAUUUGUUUUUUGAAACAAUGGCAAAUUGAAGAUACAGGCAGAAAUUCUAGAAUUCCUUUCAUCAUGAUUCUCAGAUCAAUUGUAAAGCAAACUAUUUGACAGGAGUCUUUGGGGUGGGUGGGGGGAGGGCACUGAGAUCUUUUCUAGUACAAAUGUCUUUUCUUAAGUUUGGGGGAAAUACAAAAGAAGUUUCAUUCUUAAAAGUUGCAGGUCCACAAAAUAGAACAGAAUAAUUUAGCAAAAAAAUACACAUAAACACACAUUCUAUAUAUGUAUAUACAAUGCUAUAUAGAUAUGUAUUUAUUAUAUCAUAAACUACAUUAGGCAACUUUAAGGAUUUCUCCCUAGCCUUGUACAAUGAAAAUGAAUGUUUUUCUUUGAACACUGCAAUAUAUGUUCCAAGGUUAUUUAACAGUGUACUAUGGUUUCAUAUCUUGACUUGCCUUGUACAUCUUUUCAGUUCUGGAAUAUCUGCGUCUAAGCACACUCUCUUCACACUGUGCUGUAUUGCUGCUGAACUAAAUGCACUUUUCCCCACAUGUGGGGCACUGGCUUCAAACAAUUCAGUUCAGUACCAUUGAUUUUGAUUUCAUCUUUCCUUUCCUGGUAGUUGCUAAUACACUCAUGGAAAAGAGGCACAUUGCGUAGAAGCCAUUGAUAGUUCAGUGGAAGUUCUGUAAGAUGUGCAUGUGCUAUUCGAUGUGUUUUCUUUUGCUCUACUAUUUUAAGGCUGGCCGUGUUGUCAGUGCGAGCCCCUUAUUCAGUACUCUGACUUUUGGUAGGGUCAGUCUCAGUAGACUUAAUUUUUGAAGAGACUCACAGAGCAAGGACUUUCUAGAUACCAUCCUAAAGAACACUUUCCAUAUAAUGAAUAACUAUUAUGUGUAAUUACAUGUUGCUGCUUGGAUUUCUUUUUUUACUUCCUUUUAGAUGGGCAUUGUGUCUUAAACCAUUUUUGAAUUAAGGCCAUGAUAUAAAGAUAGAAAUUUUGAGUGUUGUUUUGCUUUUCCUGGUGCUCAAAAUCAGGACUAAGUUUGAGUUGGAAACUGUAUUUGUAAUUGGCAAAUUGUUAAGGAGCAACUAAGGAAUUGAAGGCAGGUGAAGAUAUAAAACCCUAGAAUGCUUGUAUGUGCUGUAAAACUAUUGUAGAUAUCACUGGAUUUUACCAAGUAAUAUCCUUUCUUCUUUUUUUCCAUCUACUGUGGCUUUUCUGUUAAAAUUUUGUUUAUAAAAGGAAUUUGUUUAUUACGGCUCUA